AUGGCCAAAUCAAAAGCUGUCACCAAGAAGGCCGACAAGGCCCCCGAGGCGCCACUCACCACCAAGCCGGCAAAUGGCACUCCCUACCAGCUGGACCCGGCCCAAGUCGAGCGCGCGGCCAAGGCGCUCGUUGCGCACAUGAAGCAGCACGUCGAGCAGAAGCAGGAGAAGGCGCCAAAAAAGAGUCUGGCUGCCGACGAGGACGAGGCCGAGGAGGUCGAUGAGCCCAUCUUUCUCAGCCUGUCGACCAAGAAGCAGAUUGGCAACACCAAGAGCCUCAAGCCCGUCGCCAUCAAACUCCCCCACCCCAUCAUCACCAACGAUGUCCGGAUAUGCAUCUUCACCAAAGACCCCCAGAGGGCAUACAAGGACCUUGUGGCGUCCGACGACUUUCCUGCUGCGCUUCGCGGAAAGGUGCAGCGCGUGCUGGGCGUGGAGAAGCUCAAGAAGCGAUACAAGGCAUUCGAGCAAAAGCGCGCCCUGCUUGCAGAGUACGAUGUAUUCAUGGUCGACGAUCGCGUCAUCAAGAUUGUCGCAGAGUGUCUAGGCAAGGUUUUCUACAAGAGCAAGUCCAAGCGCCCGAUUCCCAUCCGCCUCACUGCCGGCGCAUACGUCGAUAAGAGCGCGAAGAAGGACGCCAAGGAGCCGCAAAACAUUGUGGGCACACCGCAGGGGGUAGCAAAGGAAAUCGAGUCCGCCCUGAACUCGACUUACCUCAGCAUGAGCCCGUCGGCGAACACGUCCAUCAAGGUCGCCAACCUCUCAAUGACGCCCCAGCAAAUGGUUGAGAACACUGCCGCCGUGGUGUCUGAAGUUGUAAACAAGCACGUUGGUCAGGGAUGGCGCAACAUCCGCAGCCUGCACGUCAAGGGCCCAGCCACCAAGGCGCUGCCUAUCUGGCUCGCCGAAGAGUUGUGGGUCGACGACAGCCAAGUGCGCGACGGACCAUACCAAGGCGCACUCACAGACGGUGCCGCCAAGGGCAAGUCUGCAGAGCGCAAGCGAAAGUGGGAGGAGUGGGAGGAGGAGCUGCUGGACGGUGAAGAUUUUGCGGCGAAACAGGCAAGGAGAGAGGCCAAGAAGGCCAAGAAGGUCGAGAAGAAGGCCUCAAUCAGCAAAGAAAAGAGGAAGGCGUUGAAGCAAGAGGCACUGAAGUCGGUACAGACGCCUCUGAUUGCUGGCUAAUAUCUGCAAACAUCAAUGCAUGGCACGGCGCAUCUGGUGUUGGCGUUGAGGUGUUCAAAACAUGUGUUUAAAGGCGCAGCCAUAUACCACAGGCGGAACGCAGC